AUGCCGACCAACGCUGCCUCCGGCUCAUGGUGCACCAUCAAUCUCAUCCGACCAGCAGCUGACUCCACACAACGAACGACAACUCCCUGCGAAGAAUACCAGCGCAAAACAAGUACCGACCCGAAAACUGGGGCGAUCCAAGAAACCGUGACGAUUGAAUCCCAAGACGCCAGUCCGUUCGAGAUUUCCUUCCACAUCAAACCAACAACCUACUCAUCCAUCCAUCAAGCAGCUACCAACAGCAAUAAGCCUCAAUCAGCAAAAAACAAUAAUCUGCAAUCACUUGCACACGACGACUAUGUUAUCGACGUCUACUUAGAUGGGAUUGGCGUAGGAAGCACUACCAUCCACAAAUCAGAUCCAUUCCCUGAUUCUAUUGAUAAAAUUGUCAUUGGACAAAGCUUAUGUCGAUUGCUUCAGUUUGCCCCGGUUAAUCUAGUCGAUCCAGAUGACCAUCAAAACUCGGAUGAUAAUGAUAAUAUUUGUGAAGAUAAGAAAGUGAUCAUGUCACUUGGUACCAUUCAGUUCGAUGUUACCCGAUGUGUUGCCGUCCUUGAACAGAGUAGACCUUUUACCAACGAAGAUGGAAUUCAAACUACUAAUCAGAUGAACUUUUCCGAAUGUUUCAAGAAAGCUUGUCUUGCGACCACUGCUGGCUUGGGUCAACCACAAGUUAAUCAACUGUAUCCUGAGACGGAGUGGCGUGCCACGAAUGCCGACCCGAAACCAUUCCUACAAAUAUAA